UAUUUUUGUUUUUCUCUUACAAAACAAGAGACAAAUGGGUGGAAAAUUUUCACAACUAUUCAUAAUAAUCAUUUUCUCUUUAUUCUCACGUUACAACUCUUUGGAAGAUGGCCCAACCCCUUACUUUGAAGACGUUGUAUCUGCAGGAUAUGAUCCGCAAGCUUAUCCUUCGUACUUCACCACCAUCCAACAUGCCAACUUUGAGGAUUUGAUCUCUCAGACCAAUCAACUUCAAACGUUAGGUAUCAUCACAUCACCUUCAACUAAAACAGUUAAUGUUGAUGACUUCGGAGCAACCGGUGAUGAUGCCAACGACGACACUCAGGCAUUUGUAAAGGCUUGGGAAGAAGCCUGUUCGUCCAAGGGUGAAGUUGUUCUUGAGGUGCCUCAAGGGAAAUGCUAUCAGCUUAAGCCGAUCAGAUUUUCAGGUCCCUGCAAAUCCAAUCUUACACUCCAGAUAUAUGGAUGCAUGGAAGCAUCUAAUGAUAUGUGUGAUUACAUGGAAGAUAGAAGACAUUGGCUUGUCUUUGAUGAGGCUGAUAAUUUGUUAAUUCAAGGUGGUGGGUACAUUAAUGGUAAUGGGAUGAUAUGGUGGCAAAACUCUUGCAAAAUAAAUAAAGAUCUUCCAUGCAAAGAUGCACCGACGGCUCUGAGCUUCUACAAGAGCAAAAAUUUGAUGGUGCAAAACUUGAACAUCCAAGAUGCACAACAGAUCCAUGUUUCUUUUGAAAAAUGCAACAAUGUUCAAGCUUCUGGUCUUACGGUGACAGCCCCAGAGAAAAGUCCCAACACUGAUGGGAUUCAUGUCUCUCAUACGCAAAACAUACGGAUCACAGACUCUAUCAUAGCAACUGGUGAUGAUUGUAUCUCCAUUGUAAGUGGCUCCCAAAACGUGCAAGCCCUGAAUAUAACUUGUGGACCUGGUCAUGGAAUCAGUAUUGGGAGCUUGGGAUCUAAACAUUCAAAGGCUGAUGUCUCGGGUGUGACAGUGGAUGGAGCUAAGCUUUUUGGAACCACAAAUGGAGUCAGGAUCAAGACAUGGCAGGGAGGGUCAGGAAGUGCAAGCCACAUCAAUUUUCAAAACAUUGAAAUGUUUAAUGUGUCCAACCCCAUCAUCAUAGACCAAAACUACUGUGACCAAGAUAAACCAUGCAAAAAACAGAGCUCUGCAGUGAAGGUGAAAAGUGUGGUGUAUAAGAACAUCAAAGGGACUAGUGCUUCUGAAUUGGCAAUAAAGUUUGAUUGCAGUAAGACUCAUCCUUGCCAAGGGAUUUUUCUGCAAGAUGUUUGCUUACAGAAACAAGGAGAUACGACUGCCAAAGCUAUCUGCAACAACGUUGAACUGAGUGAAAUGGGAAUUGUUUGCCCACGGUGCAAAUGCAUGUCGAUAACAGAAUCUUAGGUUUGUUUACAGAUAUGGAGAAAUGAAGAAAUCACAUAUUGGUUUACAACUCCGUGAAGGACUCACUCACAAAGUUGCACAGAUUGUUUCUUUGUACAAUGCAGGCCGACUCUGUAGAUUAGUACUGUAUCCUAAAGAUCAAGAACAACCUCUUAUUUGGAAAUAGACGAGGCAGAUUGUUUAUCU